GCGUACAAACUCCCGCUAGCUCCCACUAUAAAUAAGCUAGGGUUUUUUAUUUUAAAAAUAAGCUAGGGUUUAAGUAAGAUACUUUUUAGUUCUGUAUGCGUAGGGGUUUAAAUUCGAAUACCGCUUUGAAGAAUGUCUUUCUGGGGGAUUGAAGUAAAAGCCGGAAAACCGGUUUCGCAUUGCUUUGAACGGACACGACGGCUUCGGAUUUCUCAGGCAACAUUGGGUAUUGGGGAUUCGACAACGAGGAGCUUGGUUCAGUGUAAUGUGGGAAAUAAGACUCCGGUGUUUCUGUGUGCCUUGUUGCCUGACAAGACGGAGUCAUGCCAUUUGGAUUUGGAAUUUGAGGAGGAAGAUGGUGUGGUCUUUUCUGUUCUUGGACCAAGAAGUGUCCAUCUAACCGGUUAUUAUCUGAGUAAGAGUUCUCAUACAUAUGCACACAGUGACACGGAGUCAUAUGGAGAGGAUAUAGCCAACACAGACACGGAGUUGUCCAAUCAGUGCAGUGAUGAUGAUGAAUAUGAUGAUAGCUUUAUAGAUGAUGAUGAGCCGGAUGUUUUCCCAUCUUCACCGGUUUCAAGUGAUGAAGAUGUAGUAGGAAACAGGAAAGGCAACUGCAAACGACUUAGGAAGAAACGCCAAGUAAUUGUGUCUGAAGAUGACGACACUUCACAAGAAAGCGGAGAUGAAGACAAAUAUAUCUUGUCUGCAUCUAAAAAUAAAGUAGCUCCGAAGGAAACAUCUUCAGAAAGUGGAGAGGGGAGUGGCAGAUUAACAGAUGAGCUUACUGAUCGGGCAGAAAAUGGUGACAGUGGUAAAGAGGAAAAGGUUGACACUAUGGAUAUGACAAAUGUGAGUAACAUUUGCAAGGAUCAACUUGUAAGCGACAAAGGUGAUCACAAGUUAGAGCCAGAAUAUGAUGCUGAGUCUGCAAAGAGAGCAAAGCCCAGCAAGAAAAGGAAAAACAAAUCUGAGGAUGCAAAAUCUAUUGAAGUUGGUAUCAGUGGCCAGGAGAACAUGUCUGUUGAUGAUAAAACAGAGCAACUCACCAAGUCUGACAUGAUGCAUGAAGUUCCUAUAGGAAUUGAACCCCAUGCUGAUGAGCUAUCUGAAAAUGGUCCAAAACUAAAGAAGAGGAAAAAAAGGAGUGAGGGAGAGAGAUUGAAUGAAUGCAAAGAUUCCAGUCCUAGUGAUGAUCUCAAAGAGGUCAAGCAAGAUGCUGAGGGUACUGAUAUCAGCAAGGAUUUACCAGCAACAACUGGAGAAAAUAAAUUGCGAACUAAUACUCAAAGUAUCAACAUUAAUUCUGGCGUAGCUGAUGGAUUCCUAUCUGAGAAGAAGCCUGAAAAAAAGAAGAAAAAGAAGACCAAAGUUGAGGAUGGGGGAACUAACAUCAUGCCUGAGCCUGAUAUGCCAGUGAAUGAAAAUUUUGUCAUAGCCCUGGACAAGGGUCCGAAUGUGGAGCCCUCUCUAGUGAGAACCUUGUCAAAUGGAUUGACUAUUGAAGACCUUUCAAUGGGUGAAGCAGAUGGAAAAGUUGCUACUCCAGGAAGAAAGGUAAAAGUGUACUAUACUGGCAUGCUAAGACAGAAUGGACAGGUUUUUGACUCCAAUAUUGGCAAAACUCCUUACAAAUUUCGCCUAGGCGACAAGCACAUUAUUGAUGGAUGGAACAUUGGUCUUGAAGGUAUGCGUGCUGGUGGCAAAAGGAGACUUACUGUCCCUCCAUCAAUGGGUUAUGGAAGUCAGGGAGGUGGGGAAAACAUACCACCAAACUCAUGGUUGGUUUAUGAGAUCGAACUGGUUGGCGUCCGGAGAUGAUUUUGCUUGGCUUUUCUGCUACAUUUUACCUUCAAAAGAUGAUGACUCUGGCAGAGAGUGAGAUAUCUGCUUCCAGAGAUUUUGGGGAAGAGAAGGGGGCAGAGGUGUCUCAAGGAACACUAAAGAAUUUACUAUUCAUUUUAUGUGAACAAUCAAAUAUCAAUCUAUUAUUGUGUAGACAAUAUAGAAGUGUACAAGGAUUACUGUUCUCAGUACUGGGAUUGAUUCUUUUCAUCAUUUCAUCAGUAAUCUCCACUUGA